AUGGGGCAGUUGUCUAACGAUGACAAAGAGAAGAUAAAGCGAGCACUUCCAAAAACUUCUAAUAAGAUUAUCGAUGUUGCUGUCGCUAGGUUAUAUAUUGCAUAUCCAGAUCCAAAUGAAUGGCGCUAUACUGGUUUGUCAGGAGCGUUAGUAUUAGUUGAUGAUCUUGUGGGGUGCACUUUCUUUUUAAAGCUAGUUGACAUAGACGGUCAUCGGGGGGUUCUUUGGGAUCAAGAAUUGUACGUUGGUUUUGAGUAUAAUCAAGAUAGAACAUUUUUCCAUAGUUUUGAACUUGAACAAUGCUAUGCGGGGUUGCUAUUUGAGGACCUUGGCGAGGCUGCUCAUAUGUUGAAACGAGUACAAAAGCGUGAGAAGUAUGCAUCCAAGAAAACCUUAUCGAAUAAGAACGCGAUUGCGUUGAGUAAGAAGCUGGAAGAGGAGCACCGAGCUUCACGCUCUACUUUUGGUCCACGUGGAGAGCCUAUAAUUACUGACCAGAGGAGAAGAUAUAGCUAUAGUACGAGAAAUUAUGAGGAGGCCCCUCCUGUAGUUACAAAUAAGAAAAAGGCUCCACCUCCACCUCCUGAGGUGGAAGUCCCAGUUCCAGACAUCAAAACCCAUCAGAAAAUGACGAUGGGUGGAGUGCCAUCUUCCGUUAUUCCAGAAGCACCUUCUUUGCCAUCAAUUCCAAGGUCUACUCAUAAUGAGAACAGUAUAGGUCCUAAUACCAGAGAUGUCGUGCAACUCAAUUCUCAAGAAGUGAAACCAAUUCCAACACAGAGAAGGUCAAAGUAUGAAAUACCACCUCCUCCUGCUGAGUUCUUCCCGAUGCAACUUCCACCAUCACCAGAAGCAUUUCCCCCCCGUCAAGACGCCCCUCCCGGACCUCCACAAUUACCAGGUAGAAACUCUCAGGCACCUAGAGUCAUCGAUAAUGUCUCAAAAACACAGCAGCAGUCACAUCCACCCCCACCCCCACCUCCGGCACCAUCUGCACAAACCAAUAGUUACAAUUCUUCGAUAGUAAGGCCAGUUCCCCCUCUUCCUACCAAUGCGUCGAGGAAUGAUGGACCACCAGUACCGCCUUCGAGACGUAAUCCUGCUCCGCCACCUCCUCCACGAAGAAACGUUGCUACUUCCUUGCGGAAUUCAGGGAGUGGAGCACAGGUGUCUCAUUUACCUUCGGUUAGAUCACCCAAUUCAGGAGGAACAGCUCCCCCACCUCCUCCUAGAAGGAGUGCUGCUCCACCUCCUCCACCAAGAACGUCCCGACUUGCUGAUAAGCCAGGUUCGCGGCAGCGGAUGCCGCCGCCAUCUGUUGUAAACGAGACACAUGCGCAACCGCCCGCGCAUAUUCAACAAUUUUCCCCAACUAAAAGUCCAUCUCAGCAGCAAUUUGCGCAAACAAAAGCUCCACCUCAGCAACAGGAGCGGCCUGGCUUUCCAACGCCGCCUCCACCACCUCCGCCUCCACCACCUGCUCUUGCUGUUACGUCGAACUCGGAAAAUAAUGGCUCAUUGAAUGAAUCUACAGGUGAUCCGGGGAGGGAUGCGUUGUUGGCAUCAAUUCGUGGUGCUAGAGGCGUAAAUGGGUUACGUAAGGUUGAUAAAUCAGCGUUAGACAGACCUUCUGUUAUUCUGCAAGAAGCUCGAGGGGAAAAGCUGUCGAAUCCUAGCAGUAAUGCCGCACUAUCUUCAACUAGUACUGGAGGUCAAGCAUCAUUGGCAGAUGCUCUUGCAGAAGCAUUAAAUAUGAGAAAGAGUAAAGUCAGAAUAGGGUUAGAUGACCAUAAUAAUGAUGAUUGGUGA